GUCUGCAGACAGGUGGGGGCUCCCGGUGACCUGGGAGGGCGGCUGGGCAGCUGCCGCUGUCAUACCCGGGGGCACGCCUGGCAUGUGGGUGCAAGACAUGAAGAGGAGCGCGGGCAUCCUGCUGCUGACCUGCCUGCUGCUGCUGCUGCUCACUGGAUGGCUGACCAUCCGGGACCCGCCACACUACAGGCCUGGAAAAACCACAACCAGAGUGGGACUGGUCAAGCCUGAAGUGAACCACAUAAUCUCAGCACCGAACAAUUUCACGACCGACGUAUUCUGCAGAGAUAUUCCGGAUCGCCUCCUGACGGUGUCCCUUAGGAAAAGGUACUCAGAAGAUUGCUACAUCCAGGCUGUAAAUGAAGUGCAGAACUGUACGUGGCAAAAGAAUCCUCAGGAAUAUAGUAGAUUCAGAUUUUACCUGUCUUCCUGCUGCAACGCAGUGAACAACUUCAUAGUAUCCCAGAACAAUACCUCACUUGGAAGUAACAUCACUUACGAAGUGGAAAGUAAGAAGAACAUUUUAAUUGCAGAAGACAUUUAUAAGAUGCUACCAAAGUCACAACCCUUUGAAGGAAUCCCCUUCAAGCAAUGUGCUGUAGUUGGAAAUGGCGGAAUAUUAACUAAUAGCAGCUGCGGUGCUGAAAUCGACCAGUCAGAUUUUGUCUUUAGGUGUAACCUCCCACCUAUCUGGGGAAAUGCGGUUGUCGAUGUUGGAAAUAAGACAGAUUUGGUCACAGUCAACCCAAGUAUUAUUGCUCUUAAAUAUGGAAAGCUUAACGAGAAGAAAACAGCCUUUCUGAGAAACCUGACGAGCUACGGCGGUUCGUUCCUCUUAUUACCUGCAUUUUCAUACAGCAGUAACACUGCCAUCUCUUUCGAGGUUCAUAAUUUGCUGAAGAAACACCAAGCGAAGCAGAGAGCAAUUUUUUUCCAUCCCAAUUAUCUUAAAAGCCUGGCUCAGUUUUGGAGGGGGAGGGGGGUGAGGGCCUAUCGGCUCUCCACUGGGUUCAUGAUAACCAGCGCCGCCAUAGAACUCUGCGAGGACGUGAAACUCUACGGAUUCUGGCCUUUCUCCAAGAAUCCCAACGGGAAACCAAUUAGCCAUCACUACUAUGACAACCAGCUGCCAAAGCCAGGCUUUCACGCCAUGCCUAAAGAAUUUUAUCAAAUCCUGCAACUCCACUACAAAGGGGUACUCAAACUGCAGAUAGGGGAGUGCCAGAAGAGGUGAAGGGCGCUGCUCGGAUACACCAUUAAAAUGCUGAAAUGCGGAUGUCAGAUUAUGUACCCUUCUGGGAAGUAUAAGAGAUGCCAUAAUGAGGUCGGACAAGGUGCCCACAUGGACCACUGUGCGCCAUGUCACGGAAGAGGGCGACUUUUUUUUUACCGCAUGCAUAUGGACACACGGUGGAAAUAUAAAAAAAUCGCUUUACUUUUACCCCAUGUUAUCAAAUUAAUGCUUCAGGCGUGUAGAGCGUCAGCGUCGCUGGAUUAUAGGCGCAUGUCAAAUUAACAACUAGCAAUUUGCACCUGGGUUGGGGGUGAAAAUGUGACGUAUGAAGCCAGUGUGGAUCUGUAUUGGCUAAAGUUACUUCAACCAUCUCUAUACACAUAUUAUUUUUAUAGAUAAAAGAGCACCCCCCGCCCUCUUAGAAUUAAAGGGGUACUCUAGGCAUUUAAAGGGGUUUGCCGGUUUGCAUCAGCAUCCUCUAAAACAAUAAUUUAUAAAGGUCGCUGUAAUUCUGUAAUGUAUUUCUUUUACCUAUCUCCCAUUCUAGACUGUGGUCACAUGACCGUGUCCAUGCAGAUCUUUCUUAUUUCCUGUGAUGUUAUGUCCAUGGGCGGGGCAGUGA